UUUUGAAUUUUGUUUUGGAUUUGUCUUCGUUGGCAUUGUCGGGUUGAAGUUUGAUAUUUUCAAAUUGAACCUACAUACAUAAGUUGACCUACCACUCUACCUUCUUCUCAGUUUUUAAUUUGCUCGAUCUGUCCGUCACUGAAAAGAAUCCACGGCAUUUCAGUUCUUGGUCAAGUUUAUCACAGGACCUAUCAUUGAUAGUGAAAUUCCAAGCUUGAGUUUCUGGGUUUCUCUUCAAAGAUUCAGAUCGAGCAUUGGCAUAUGAAGGUGACGCAGCUUCCUUCUGGAGAGGAAAAGACUAUAGCUUGACUUGAAGGAGACAGUUGAGAAGCAUUUUGGUAAAGAACUUCAGUGCCAUAGGCAAAAAAUGAAUCAAUUCGAAUAAACUGGCAUUUUGUGAUCCUGCGAGAUUGACAGUUCUUCUGAAGUUCACUUCUUGAUGCCUACCUCUUCAUUGUUUUUGCUGGCAAAAUCCAAGUCUCUCAUUUUCACUAGGUGGAUUUUAGUCAAAAUUUGAAUUACUGUGUUUGUAAUUCCAGCUUUGCUUUAAGGUUUGGUUUUUAGUUUACUUGAAUCAUGGUUGAAGACGGAAAGGAAAAUUUGGUGGCUCAUAAUCUGUCGGCUGAGGAAUGGCUAUCUCGUGCACAGAUGCUUGUUCCCAGGGCUCUGGAAAAAGCCAGGGAGGUUAAAGGGUUCCCUGGGAGAUGGAAGAUGAUAAUUUCGAAAUUGGAACGAAUCCCUACAAGAUUAUCGGAUUUGUCUAGCCAUCCUUGCUUCUCCAAGAAUGCACUCUGUAAGGAGCAAUUGCAGGCUGUUUCAAGGACAUUGAAUGAAGUAAUUGAUUUGGCGGAGUCUUGUGUAAAAGGGAAAUUUGAAGGAAAACUUAGAAUGCAAAGUGAUUUGGAUUCGCUAUCGUGUAAACUUGAUUUGAAUUUACGCGAUUGUGGGCUUCUGAUCAAAACGGGGGUGCUUGGAGAGGUUAGUUUGCCGUUGGCAGAACAAGAGGCUGCCGCAGAUCAUAGCAAUAUAAGAGAAUUGUUCGCACGACUUCAGAUUGGACACCUCGAGGCUAAGCAUAAAGCACUUGAUUCACUUGUAGAAUUAAUGAAAGAUGAUGAGAAGAAUGUGUUGGCUGUUUUAGGACGAAGCAAUAUUGCAGCAUUAGUCCAAUUGCUCACUGCAACUUCUCCUCGGAUCAGAGAAAAAACUGUUACCGUUAUAUGUUGGCUUGCAGAAUCUGGAAGUUGUGAGAGUUUGCUUGUUUCUGAAGGCGCUCUUCCUCCCCUUAUAAGGCUUGUCGAAUCUGGUAAUGCAGUGAGUCGAGAGAAAGCUACGUUUUCUCUCCAGAGAUUGUCUAUGUCAGCAGAAACCGCACGCUCAAUUGUUGGCCAUGGUGGAGUUAGGCCUCUGAUUGAGAUCUGUCGAACUGAUGAUUCUGUUUUGCAAGCUGCUGCGGCUUGUACCUUGAAGAAUAUAUCGGCUGUGCCUGAUGCACGGCAAGCCCUUUCUGAAGAAGGGAUUAUAAAGGUGAUGAUCAAUCUUCUUGAUUGUGGAGCCCUGUUGAGAUCUAAAGAAUAUGCAGCAGAUUGCUUACAAAAUCUCACAUCAAGUAAUGACAACCUCCGGAGAUGUGUUAUUUCAGAAGGCGGAAUAAAAAGUCUUCUGGCGUAUUUAGAUGGUCCGCUGCCUCAAGAAUCUGCAGUUGGGGCAUUGAGAAACUUGGUUGGAGUGAUUUCAGUUGAUGUUUUGGUUUCAUCAGGCCUUCUUCCGAGGCUGGUCCAUGUGCUUAAAUCUGGCUCUCUUGGUGCACAAAAAGCAGCAGCCUCAGUGAUUUUUCUAAUCUGCGGCUCGACUGAAACGAAACGAUUGGUGGGUGAAUCUGGAAGCAUUCCGCUUCUCAUAAAGAUGCUGGAGGCUAAAUCUAACAAUGCGAGGGAGGUUGCAGCACAAUCAAUUUCAAGUUUGAUGACCCUUUCCCAUAAUUAUAGAGAAGUUAGAAGAGAUGACAAAUGUGUGCUUAAUUUGGUAGUAUUGCUCGAUCCAAGCCCCCAGAACACAGCCAAAAAAUAUGCAAUUUCCUGUCUAACCUUGCUUUCCUCGAGCAAAAAGUGUAAGAAGUUGAUGAUUUCGUAUGGGGCUAUCGGUUAUCUCAAGAAGCUUACUGAGAUGGACAUUCCCGGUGCCAAGAAGCUACUUGAGCGUUUAGAGAGAGGAAAACUGAAAAGCUUGUUCAGCAAGAAGUAGGACAACUCAAUGUUGUGUAAUGGAAGUAUAAUUUUGAUCAUUGUUUCACUGCCUGAAUGAAUCCAAGUAGUGAUAAUGUUACAAGCUGAGAAACAUAAACAUGAAAGCUAUGUGAUCGAUGUUUUUUAUAAAAACAUAGUAUUUGUACUCUUAAAGUACAAUGAAUUACUACUUCGGUUCUAUCAACUUUUCCUGUGCCUUUAUUUGGCGAUUCUGGAAAUGCAUAAAUAUAUUUGAUGUCUUCUUAAA